GAUCGUCACCCAGGACACCGCGAGCGACCAAAUGGCCAAUCCCGGCUGCCAAAGAAGGACUCCGUCGUACGCCUCGAAAAGCUAUCCGUCUUCGGUGGCAAAAUUUUCCGCUAUGCUGGUUCAUGCGCGGCGCGACGGGCCGCGAGCCUUCGAACAGCCGCACACGUGCGGCGGCUCGCGCGACAGUGAGACCUCGCUGCCGAAGAGGUCCUCAAACCCCGUGAAGAGCGGGCGCGAGGCGUGCGGGUGUCGAUAAAAGACUCUCGACGCCCGAUGUCGAUGCAUUUUACGCUAAACCUCAUCCCACCGUGUGCCUGACGCCGAAACAGCCGACGCUCGACACGGUCAAAGCGAAUGUUUAUUUGAGCCACCCGGAGGUUAAUUUUCCGAUUCCCGUGCAGCUGCCCAAAGAAGAUUGUGAUAAACUUUACGUGCCAAAAUACGCCGAACGCCCGGAAAUCCGCAAAUCCAACAUAGACUACCACAAAUUCAACGCGCUAGCCUACGAAUCUCAGCCGCACUUCAAGGAGGAGCGCGCGCAGAAGUUCCUCCAGGAUUUCGGCAUCUUCGGGCCGAUGGGCAACGGGGCGGCCACCAACCUCAGGAGAACCUCGAAGAACUCGGCGGAGGAUUUGAAUCAAAUCAGGAGGAACUCCAAGAACGUCGUAGAGGUCAAGAGGAGGGUCUCCGGCCCGGGGGACGGGGAGUACUGGAAGUCCGUGGUGGUCAGGCUCAAGAAGGAGCUGACCGAUUUGGAGGAAAAGUACGGGAACGUGCAGGGAGAGCUGUUCGAGACCAGAAAAGAUUUGACUUGCAGGGAGGGAGACAUAUUGAAGCUGCAGCGGGAGGUACACAAACUUAAGAGUGUUUUGCAGCAGACUGCUCAGUUCAAAUAUGACCAGGACAUAUUGUCCUCCAUCCAGGAGCAGCAUGCGAUGGCCAACAGGAAUCCGCACAAUCAACAGGCUGCAGGAGGAAUUCACUUAACUAAAAAGCAGGGAGUUUCCGCAGAGUCGAGCGAAUCAACAGGUCUCGCCAGCGAUAUUAGCAUCGUCAAACAUGAGAAAGAUUUUAGAUCCAAGCAACUGAUUAAAGACGCCAUCUUGGACAAUGACUUCCUGCGCAACCUGGACACUGUCAGAGUUAGAGAGAUGGUGGACUCGAUGUACUCUAAAGAAGUGGCAGCAAACACAGUAUUUCUCAGGGAGGGCGAUUCAGGCGCGCACCUCUAUGUAUCAGCUGAAGGAGAGUUUGAAGUAAUAAAAAAUGACACAACACUUGGACGCAUCGGUCCUGGAAAAACGUUCGGGGAGCUCGCCCUGCUGUACAACUGCAUGAGGACAGCGUCUAUAAGAGCCGUUGAAGAUUCUAAAGUAUGGGUGCUGGACAGAAGAAUAUUCCAAAGGAUAAUGGUUCGAACAGGACUGCAAAGAUUGCAGGACAACUUAGGCUUCCUCAGAUCGGUGCCUCUCUUGGCAAAACUGUGUAAUGAGGUGUUGGCUAAGAUCGCUGAUGUUCUGGAAGUGGAGUUUUAUCCUGCUGGAGCCCAUAUAAUAAGACAAGGAGCUAGUGGGGAUACAUUUUUCAUCAUAAGCAGUGGUUGUGUUAAAGUUACCCAGAGACUACCAGGUUGCAUAGAAGGUGAAGAAGAAGAGAUUCGCACUCUACAAAGAGGAGACUAUUUUGGGGAGCAAGCCCUCCUGAAAGAAGACUGCCGAACCGCCUCUAUAAUCGCUCAGCACCCAGGCGUGGAGUGCCUCACUUUAGACCGGGAAUCCUUCAACCAGCUCAUAGGCGACUUGUGCGAGAUACGAGAAAAAUGCUACGAUGACGUGGAACGCCUCGGGCGACCAAUGAGCUGCCUCCAAAUGGAGAAACAGGAGUACGACUACAUACAUCUGGACGAUCUGGACGUUAUUGCUACGUUGGGGAUUGGGGGUUUCGGGAGGGUGGAGUUGGUGCAAUACAGGGAGGACAGGAAUCUCACGUUCGCCUUAAAGUGCCUCAAGAAGCAGCAUAUUGUCGAUACUCAGCAGCAGAAUCAUAUCAUUAGCGAGAAGACUAUUAUGAUGGGGUGUAGGAAUCCUUUUAUAUCCAGACUGUACAGAACAUUUAGGGACUCAAAAUACGUGUACAUGAUGUUGGAAGCAUGCCUAGGAGGUGAGGUGUGGACAAUCCUGAGAGAUCGCGGUUGCUUCGACGACCACACCACUAGAUUCAUCACAGGUUGCGUCAUAGAAGCCUUCGAUUACAUGCACACAAGAGGUCUGAUUUACAGAGAUCUAAAGCCGGAGAAUCUCCUGUUGGAUUCCAGAGGUUACGUAAAGUUGGUGGACUUUGGGUUUGCUAAAAGAAUGGGGUACAGUAGCAAGACGUGGACAUUUUGUGGUACGCCUGAGUACGUUUCCCCGGAGACUAUUUUGAAUAAGGGGCACGAUAGGGCGGUGGAUUAUUGGGCCUUGGGAAUUUUGAUGCACGAGCUUCUCACUGGAAGCCCGCCAUUUUCGGCAUCAGAUCCCAUGAAAACCUAUAAUUUAAUACUGAAAGGAAUUGACAUGAUAGAUUUCGCGAAAUUUACAGUGUCGAGAUCAGCUCAGAGUUUGAUCAAAAAGUUAUGCAGGGAUUCGCCUUCAGAGAGGCUAGGUUACCAAAGAGGUGGUGUGGGAGACAUUAAAAAGCACAAGUGGUAUCAAGGAUUUGACUGGGACGGCCUAAUAUCAAGGACUCUUCCUGCCCCGAUACAGCAACCUGUUAGAGGUCCUUGCGACGUCACGAACUUUGAUUGUUUUGGAAAGGACAACGAUAUACCUCCUGAUGAAUUUUCAGACUGGGAUAAGGAUUUCUGA